CUUUUGAUUUUUAAGGAACAAAUUUCUCAUAUUGACUGAUGAGGCAUAGGUUGAUUUUUGGCGGUUUGUUUGUUUACAACCGAGGUUUCAAUUUCGUAUUGCUAGUUGUGACCCUCUGGAAUCUGGAUCGACAUUUUGGUCAAUUUUGACUUUUUAAUAAUUUCGAUUACAAUUUUUAAAUAUGAAAUGGACGAAACUGACGCGAUGACAUCUCCCCAGAAGUCGACGACACCGGUCCGGGCACUGCCCCGGACGCCUCCUCAGUGGAAAAAGCCGGACGACGUUAUGAAACUCCACAGGCUCAAAUUGAGGAAAAACGCCCUCGCAGCACGUCUGAACAGCGACCAGCCUCAUUCCAAGCCCUCGGCGAACGUCUCACCCCAGAAUAAAACAAAACGGAAAAAUCCUUUUAAGAGAGUUGACGUAACGAGCACAUCCCCGGUUUCAAAGAAAACCAAAAACUCAGCACCUCAAGAUAAAAAUGACGAAUCACUGUUUCAGCUGUUGGGUCUCAAUGCUACAGAAUCAGUCGCCAGGGAUUUAAGUUGCCUUAAAUUUGAACCCAGCGAAGAUACAUUAAAAACUGAUAAUAAAGUGACGGUUAAUGAACUGCCGAUUGAUUGGUCUUUAAGGUAUAAAUUGAGAUUUAUCUCAGUCCGGCAAUUCCCUUGGACAGAAACGCUGAAAACUUGCGAAGAAGCUUCAGGCAUUACUGGAUUUGUGAGAUGCGUCGAAAGCGGAGGCGGCGGCUGCCUUGGGCUUGAUACGAGCCCGAAUGCCAAUUUUCACCAGUGCUGCUUAUACUGGCAGCACCCAAAUCUUACCUGGGUCGACUUGUUCCCAAGGACGCGGGCGAGGAAAUCCGACUACGGGAAGACACCAGCUUUGUCAUCUUAUCCGGAGGUGAAGGAAAGCCUUCAUCGAGACUGGUCAGAGAGUUUCAGGUCACUUUUUCAAUUAUUGAGGGCCAGGCAUUGCCCUUAUUUCUACAUGGUUUCGAAUACCGUAAACUGUGUUUUUCGAGCUGCCGGGAUCAACGGGUGUACUGAAACCAACGUCAUGAUAUCACCGACUACAAGGGGAUUCAGAAAACUUUUAACAGAUGAUGGUGUGCAGUUUACCAUGCCUUUGAAAAGAAAAACAAAAAGAGUUUCAGAAGAAUUUGGAGAAGAAGAAGAAGAUGAAAAUGAAAAACCGAACGAGACAAGUCAGUGGCUUGCAAGUCUGGGCGUCGCUGAAGAAGAAAUUAGAAAAAUUAAUAAGUCCGAGGAAAUGCAUUAUUUAAAAGCAGAAAAAAAAGACGACGGAAAUGAAGAAUCUCUCUUAUACAUUGAAGGUUUUGAAGUUCAAGGGCUUUUCAACUUCUUAAUAAACUGCCGUUCUCUCAUCGCCAUGACGGGCCCAUUGAUGGGGAUCCCGCCGACCCUCUUAUCACCUGUAGCCUUCUGCGGAGGGUCUCUUAUGUCACUAAAGGUGCGACAAAGCAACGUGCAAAUCAAUAAGGAAAACUAUCAUUCCGUCGAAAUUAUCGGGCCGAUACUGCCGCACGCGAUACACAAUUUGUGCAACAUACUUGAAAACAGCAUCGACAGCUUUUCAGUGACGUUUGCUAAUUUGGAUACUACGAAGGCCUUCACCACUGCCUCCUUACCGAUGGAUUUUCAAAAAUUAGAAGGAAGUCCAAGUAAGGUUGGGAAGUCGGGCCAGGCGUUUAGCGUCGAGAGCCUCAACGAUUGCGGCCUCAAACCAAGAAUUUUAUCUCGGUUCUGCUCCGAGUUCGUCUCCUCGUUCGAUAGUCUCAAAUUCGCCAAUGAUUCAUACAUUUGUUCCUGACUUGUGCAAUAUUAACUUAUUGUUUACUAUUUUUUCACGAAUAUCAACAAUAAAUGAUUAUUUGUUUUGUUUAACAAUCUUUUAUGUUAGAAACCUUUAUAGUAGAACUUUCCAUAAGUGGACGCUAUUUAAGAAUAGGAUU